GACGUUAGCCAAUCUUCAUUUUCACUUAUUCCUCUUCCAUAAAAGGCAAAUGGAACAAACAACAAAUACAAAUCGUGAGUUACCCAGGCAGAUUUUGAAGAAACAUGGAUUCCGCUCAUAUAAAUAUCAGUUACACCAUCAUUUAUAUGAUGAUGAUUUUUUAAGGAGAUUCUGGGAACGCUGGCUAGGACUUUUUCAUUUGGGCCUACUUGAAGGAGAAGGCUUAUGUCACGCCUCCUAUAAAUCUGUACAGAUUUAGAACAGCGAAUAAAGGCAGCAAUUAACACCUUAUCUGGAGAUUUUUAAGCAAUGGACAGGCAGAAACCAUAAGAAGGGUCAAUAAAUGCUACGAAAAUGAUGGGGGACGCAUUGAACUUGUUUAACAGAUUUUAGUUCUCAAUGUUGUAAUAUAUUUUUAUGAUUAAAGUAGUUGGGGAAAAUUAGUGGAAUACGGUAGAAGAGGAUAAUUUCAGUUUGUAUUAAUCAAAGGUAGUUAUUUGAC